AUGCCAGAAACUGAACGCUUUGUGUGUCCUCCCGACUUUGUUUUCUGUGCUAUAUGUAAAGAGGUUCUGACGCAGCCUAUAGCAACUCCAUGCGACCAUUACUUCUGUGUGCUUUGCAUCUGCGAAUGGCUCGAUCAAACAUACAACAAAUCUGGAUGCCCCGUUUGCAAAGCCAGCAUUUCCCCCGGCGUGCUGCAUAAGAUUCCGCGAGUUUUAGGCAACACCCUAGCCUCAUGCCAAGUUUUAUGUAGAUCAUGUAAGGAACCACGUCGUCUGGAUAACCUUGCCGCACACGAGGCAAUCUACACUACGUACAUAGCGCAGCCUGCGACAACAACUGUGCGCGAAAUCCUCAAUGCGGGGAAAGACACCCCACUUUCACAGGUCGAGGAGCGGAUAUGUAAUCAGUUAAUGAAGAGGAAGUUGAGUGUAUCCCAAUCUCUGCCAGUUCUCUUGUUUACAGGUGGCACGCCAUUGAAGAUUUGCCAUGUUCCACGACCACGUACCAACAGUUCAUCUGCCAGCAGUAAGACAGUGCAGCGUAGAGCUUCUGUAGUUGAAACACUUAGGCAGCAAAUCAGUGGUGGUGAACGUGAUGACAUCUUAAGGCAGAAAAAGGCUGAGAUGCAAAGGAUGGGCCAAGAGGAGAGAGAAACCAUAGCACAAGAAGCUGGGCUGAAGAUUGAAGUACCUGAAGGGCAAGGGCUGGCCAUGAAAGCAGACAUAGGGAUACCCUGGAACAAAUUAAGAGAGUUGAAAAGGUGGCUUAAUAGCUUUGGGUUGCAAAUUGCCAGUGAGAAGAAACAGCGCAAGCUAGCAGAAGGCCAAAAGUUCACAGACAUUUAUUCAGAGGAAAUGCCAUUUGUUUUUAGCAAGACCGGAGGUGGCACAGAAAUACGUCUGGCUGUCUGUGCCCAAGUUGAGGACCUUACAGCCCUGGUCUAUGGCCACUUAGAGGAGAACAUGGAAUACAACAAUCUAACCUGGCAUGGUGGCGUCAUUGACCACAAAUUUUGAGUCGCCUAGUUUAUG